AUGCCGGAUAUAAAAGUCACACCUCUGGGAGCUGGACAAGAUGUUGGAAGAAGUUGUAUCCUCGUGUCAAUGGGAGGAAAAAAUAUAAUGCUCGACUGUGGAAUGCACAUGGGUUUCAAUGACGAGAGGAGAUUCCCUGAUUUUUCGUACAUCGUCCCAGAAGGACCGGUGACUAAUUACAUUGACUGUGUUAUAAUAUCACAUUUUCAUCUGGACCACUGUGGAGCGCUUCCUUAUUUUACAGAGAUGGUAGGAUACACUGGACCAAUUUACAUGACCCACCCCACAAAAGCGAUAGCUCCGAUCCUCCUGGAAGACAUGAGAAAAGUAGCUGUCGAGCGAAAGGGUGAGAGUAAUUUUUUCACGUCUCAAAUGAUCAAGGACUGUAUGAAGAAAGUCAUCGCGGUGACACUGCAUCAGUCUGUGAUGGUUGACCCAGAGUUGGAGAUAAAAGCUUACUAUGCCGGCCACGUGCUUGGAGCUGCUAUGUUUCACGUCAGAGUUGGCUCGCAGUCGAUAGUUUAUACCGGAGAUUACAACAUGACCCCUGAUCGUCACUUGGGAGCUGCUUGGAUCGACAAAUGUCGGCCUGAUUUGCUAAUUUCAGAGUCAACGUACGCGACCACCAUCCGAGAUUCGAAAAGAUGUCGAGAACGUGAUUUUCUAAAAAAGGUUCAUGAGUGUAUAGAUCAUGGUGGUAAAGUUUUGAUACCGGUGUUUGCUCUGGGUCGUGCUCAAGAGCUUUGUAUUCUCCUGGAAACUUACUGGGAGCGAAUGAAUCUUAAAGUACCUGUUUAUUUCGCCCUUGGGCUUACGGAAAAAGCGAACAAUUAUUACAAAAUGUUCAUCACCUGGACGAACCAAAAAAUAAAAAAGACUUUUGUCCAGAGAAACAUGUUUGACUUUAAGCAUAUCAAACCCUUUGACAAAGCUUACAUUGAUAAUCCCGGAGCUAUGGUAGUUUUUGCAACACCAGGGAUGUUGCAUGCGGGGCUGUCGUUGCAAAUUUUCAAAAAAUGGGCCCCCAAUGAGCAGAACAUGGUCAUUAUGCCCGGUUUCUGUGUUCAGGGUACUGUGGGACACAAAGUACUUGCUGGAGCCAAGAAAAUCGAGUUUGAAAAUCGGCAAGUCGUUGAAGUUAAAAUGGCUGUUGAGUAUAUGUCGUUCUCAGCUCACGCCGACGCUAAAGGAAUCAUGCAGUUGAUCCAGUACUGCGAACCAAAGAACGUCAUGCUGGUACAUGGCGAGUUCGCUAAAAUGGAGUACUUGAAAGAGAAGAUUAAGCAAGAGUUUGGGAUCAACUGCUACAAUCCAGCGAAUGGAGAGACUUGUGUGAUUACUACCAUGUCCAAAGUACCCGUGGAUGCCUCUUUGGAGCUACUGAAGGCUGAGGCUAAACGCUAUUCGGCUUUGCCGCCAGAUCCUAAACGCAGAAGACUUUUGCACAGUGUUCUGAUGCUCAGGGAGGACAGUGUCAGCCUUGUUGACGCUGAAGAGGUCGGAAAAGCUGCGGGAAUACCGAGACACGUUGUUAGAUUCACUUCGACUGUUCAGAUAAAAGAUCCUGGGCCAGUUCAGUCGACGACAAUGAAGCUGUUUCAGCCGCUGAAGGAACGACUUAACGCGUGGAAUGUCCAGCUUACUGACGGUGCCAUUUCAGUGGAGUCUGUUUUAGUUAAGAUUGAGGGAAGUGACGAGGACCAGAAGAAUGUGUACGUUUCUUGGACUAACGAAGACGAAGAUUUAGGGAGUUACAUUCUUGGGUUCCUUCAAACAAUACCUGUGAUACAAUUGCAGAAAAUUUUCCAUAAUUAUUGGUUGGGUAAAUUUAAUAAUCGUAGUGAUAAUAGUUAA